AUGGCCCGGCUCUUCCGAUCCAAAUCUUGCCAUCUCGUUGGACUCACUGAGUUCAACAUUGCUCCUCCGAGCCCAUUUUCCCACCACCAUAACAACAAAGACGUUGAUGGAGAAGAUGAAGAAGAGGAAGAGGAGAUGGAAGAGCUGGAAUAUGAGGACUUGGGUUAUGAAGAUGAGGUUCAAAACAAUCCCAUGUCGACCCCAUUUCUUUAUCCCACAAGUAGAGCCCAUGCGAGCAAUAAAGGUCGAGACUUUCAUGCUCAUAAUGGUCACCAGCAGCAAAACCAGUUUGCUGUACUGGACAUUUUGGUGGCUGCGCUGAGGAAGUCUUUGAUAACUUGCAGUGUGGAGAGGGAUGACGUGGCUUCCUCUAUCGAUAUCAGUUCUCCUACUGAGGUGAGGCAUGUUUCGCAUGUCACAUUUGACAGGUUUAAUGGAUUUCUGGGUUUGCCCACUGAGCUUGAGCCUGAGGUCCCCAGGAAGGCGCCUAGUGCCAGAGUUUGA